GCGAGUCCGGCGAAGUCGGACGUUGAGCUGCUCCUAGGCAGCCCGAGGCCCGAGGCGAGGGCCGGAGGCUGGGCAAACCUAGCUCCCGCCUGCUGCCUGCCGCGGCGAGCCGACACCCGGCGGAUCCACACGGACAGAGCGGGGCGCUCGCAGCUGCAGACUUGCAGCGCCGCGUCUGCCCACCCGGCACCAACCGGGUUAGCGGCCAUUGCAGCUCCUGGAGGCCUCCGGGGCGCGCGCCUGGGCCUGCGCGGCGGCUGGGCUCGUGGCUUGGCGCUGGCUGCGCCAGGACUCACCGCCGACCCCGGGAGAGGCGGCCUGGGCGGCGGCAGGCAGCGCGCCCGGCGCCAUGGCGGCGGUGCUCGGGGUCCGGGGCGCGACGCGGCACUUGCUGGCGGCGCUGCGGAGCCGGAGCCCGAGUCUAGCGGCCUUGUCUUCAGAUGCCCAGUUGUUGGCAGCAGAGGAGAGGAAACAAGUUAUACUUGACCUCAAAGCAGCAGGAUGGUCGGAAUUAAGUGAGCGGGAUGCCAUCUACAAGGAGUUUUCCUUCAAAAAUUUUAACCAGGCAUUUGGCUUUAUGUCCCGAGUUGCCCUACAAGCAGAGAAGAUGAAUCACCACCCGGAGUGGCUCAAUAUGUACAACAAGGUCCAGAUAACUCUCACCUCUCAUGACUCCGGUGGACUGACCAAAAGAGAUGUGAAACUGGCUAAGUUUAUUGAGAAAGUGGCUGCUUCUGUGUGAUUUCCAAAAUUCAUGUAAAAUCUUAUAUACUGUUGCAGUAUAUCUUAAAGGCAAUUUACAUGAACAAAAAUUAAGUUGUAAAGGAGUUCAUCCUUCUACAUUUUGUAUAAUUGGUGUUUAAAUACAAGAUGACUUAAACCUGAA